AUGUCAGUUCCAAUUCCUGAUCACCAUACAAUAACUGAAAGUCACUUUCUGGCACCGCAAUGUUUAUCUGUAAAUACAGACCAGAUUACUACCUCAACACCCUCUCCUACAAGAUCUUUGAGGACUGAAUGUGAAUCACCUUCUCUUUUUGACGAAACAGUCAAUUCUGUAUUUGAACCGGAACUGAGAGAAAACCUCAAAGCACCAGAAAACGUUCAUUCUACAGGAGCAAAUGUGCCUCCAUCUUUACACAAUCUAAACCUUUCCUCAACUUCAGCAGCAACAUUUAAAGAGCUAAGAAAUAUUCGGAAACGUAAAAGUUCUAUAUAUACCGACACCCCGGAAAAACUAAAUCUUUUAGAUAUGAAAAACAAAAGAGAAACUUGUAAGAAUAAAAAAAACAGAUACAAGGACAGAAUAGAAAAAGGAAAAGGGAAGGGUAAAAGAAAAGGAACGGAUAAAGUUGAUGAGAUUGCUGAUGACACCGUCGAUGAAAAUGACGGUAAUGCUGUAGAUACAGAUGACGAGAGUACGAUUUGUUUAGAGUGCAUUGAAUCCUACGUCGAUAGUGUUCCAGGCGAACAAUGGAUUCAGUGCAUAACUUGUAAGUUAUGGGCUCAUUCCAAAUGUGUAAAAGGUGAUCUAAUGUUUUUUGAAUGCAAAGAUUGCGUUUCUGAUAUUGAAGACUUAUAUUAA